GGAGGGUGGAAAGUUAUUCUUAGCUUGGCCAGUAGUGUGGGGCUGAUUCCCUCUAGUCCUUCACUUGGGCACUGCACUCCAUCUACCUUAGCCGAGACUGGUCACCCUCCUGGGUCAUAGAUUGCUCUGGAAGAACCCAACAAUGAGUAAUCAACACUCCCUCUUGACUGAUAAACCAAGAAGAGGGCUUUGGAUGUUGGUGACUCUAAUAGUGCCCAUGUAUUUCAUAGCAGCUAAAGGUAAAUCAUCAUGGGGCCAGGAAAAUGAAGCUUUACUUGUGAGAUGUCCAAAACAAGGAGGGUCCCGUUACCCUGUGGACUGGUAUUACUUGAAGACAAAUGAAAGCAUUCCUACCCAGAAAAGAAAUAGAGUCUUUGCUUCGGGGGAGUGGCUUAAGUUCCUUCCAGCCAAAGUGGUCGAUUCUGGAGUUUAUACUUGUGUUAUCAGAAGUAGUCCCACUUGGAAUAAGAUUGGAUAUAUAAAUAUCACCAUCUAUAAAAGACCAACAGAUUGUCACAUUCCAGAUUAUUUGAUGUACUCAACAGCAUCUGGAUCAGGAAGAAACUCCAGAAUAUAUUGUCCCACAAUUGACCUCUACAAUUGGACGGCACCUCUUAAGUGGUUUAAGAACUGUAAAGCUCUUCAAGGAUCAAGGUACAGGACACACAGGUCAUAUCUGUUCAUUGACAACGUGGGGCGUGUUGACGAAGGGGAUUACACGUGCAAAUUUACACACACUGAAAAUGGAAUCAGUUAUAAUGUGACAGCCACCAGAUCAUUCACCGUUAAAGAUAAGCCAGGAGUUUCUGUAUUUCCAGUGAUUGUGACCCCUUCCUGUAAUGAAACAAAGGAAGUGGAAAUUGGAAAGAAAGUACUCAUCACCUGCAUGGCUUGCUUUGGGACAGGGCUUCAGUCCUUCACUGCUGUCCUGUGGCAGGUGAACCAAAGCAAUGUCAAAGACCUGGGUAUAACAAGAAUUCAAGAGGAACAAGAGCAAAGUCAAAGUUCUAGCAAUGACACAACUUGUCUCAACACUGUGUUAAGAAUAUCUGAAGUAAAGGAAGAGGAUUUGUCCCUGAAGUAUGACUGUCUGGCCAGAAAUUUGCAUGGGGUGGUACGGCACACCACGAGGCUGAUAGAAAAAAAGCCAAGUAAGAAGUGUUUGUGAGACAUUGGUCACCCGGGUUUGCUGUAUCCACUAUUAAUCUGAAAGGAUUUUCUAGAAGACAGUGAUCUGAUUACAU